AUGACGUGCUGAGAAAACAGGAAGUGGCCCUCCGGGCGCCGGUGCGGGCCUCCGAGCCGGGAGGAAUGAAUGGCGGCCCGAGGCUCCGCAGCCAGGCCGGGGCGCGCCGGCUCUAGCCGGGAAUAGCAAGUGCUCGGCCGGGGCGGGCCGCGUUCCCGCAGCAUGGAGGACGACGCGCCGGUGAUCUACGGGCUGGAGUUCCAGGCUCGGGCCUUGACACCUCAGACUGCGGAGACGGACGCCAUUCGCUUUCUGGUCGGGACACAGUCUCUUAAAUAUGAUAACCAGAUCCACAUCAUAGACUUUGACGAUGAAAAUAACAUCAUCAACAAGAACGUCCUCCUCCACCAAGUGGGUGAGAUCUGGCACAUCAGUGCCAGCCCCGCAGACAAGGGAGUGCUGGCGACCUGCUACAGCAAAACUUUUGACAGCAAGGUCCUGACAUGUGCGGCCGUGUGGAGGAUGCCCGAGGAGCUGGAGUCGGCCGGCCAUGAGUCCCCAGACGACUCUGCAAGCCCUGCACAGAGCCUGGAGUUGCUGUGUCACCUGGAUGACGGCGCCCAUGGCAGCUCAGCCUGUGUGACCUGGGAGCCCAUGGGAGAUGGGAAGAAGGUCAUCUCCUUGGCCGACAACCACGUCCUGCUGUGGGACUUGCAGCAGAGCUCCGGCCGGGCUGUGCUGGCAAGCUCUGCCUCCCUGGAAGGCAAGGGGCAGCUGAAGUUUACAGCGGGACGGUGGAGCCCGCACCACAACUGCACCCAGGUGGCCACGGCCAACGACACCUCCCUCCGCGGGUGGGACACACGGAGCAUGAGUCAGGUGUACUGCAUCGAGAAUGCCCACGGACAGCUGGUGCGUGACCUUGACUUCAACCCCAAUAAGCAGUACUACUUAGCGAGCUGUGGGGAUGACUGCAAGGUGAAGUUCUGGGACACACGGAAUGUGAUGGAGCCUGUGAAGACCCUGGAGGAGCACUCCCACUGGGUUUGGAACGUGCGCUACAACCACUCUCAUGACCAGCUGGUUCUCAGCGGCAGCAGCGACAGCAGAGUCAUCCUGUCCAACAUGGUGUCCAUCUCCUCUGAGCCCUUCGGCCACCUGGUGGACGAUGAUGACAUCAGUGACCAGGAAGAGCACCACCCGGAAGAGAAGAGCAAGGAGCCCAUGCAGGACAACGUCAUCGCCACCUACGAGGAGCACGAAGACAGCGUCUACGCUGUGGACUGGUCCUCGGCCGACCCCUGGCUCUUCGCUUCGCUGAGCUAUGAUGGGAGGCUGGUCAUCAACCGGGUCCCCAGGGCUCUCAAGUACCACAUACUGCUCUAGCUGCAAGCGGCAGCCCCUGGCAGCGCGGCGCCUUGGAGGCCAGCAGCGGCUAGCAGA